GCAGUGCGUCCGCGCGCCAGUCGUUGCACGACGGGGAGUCGGCAGUCGUUUCACGAGUGGUACCAACCGCGGGUUGUUCGCGCGUGCCGUCAAGCAAGCGUGGCGUCGCUCGCGCCCGUGUCCCUGUCACAUUUUCCAAACGUUUUCGCGUCUCGCGUACACUCGACGGGACGUCGCAUCCACGUCGGUGAUAUAUACACACGAAAUACCGCGAUAACACGGGCCACCCCGCGCACACCCGCUCUCCUCUCGUUUCUUGCUUUCGCGUGCGGCGCCGCUGGUCGUCGUCGUCGUCGUCGCUGCCGCCGCCGCCGCCGCCGUCGUCGUCGUCGUUGGAGUCACCGUGUCUCUCCUUCACCGCGCGAUUUCGUCGUACACCAGCCCGUUUCGCGCGGCGACUCCGGCGAGAGAGCCCCGCUUUCCCGUCGUCGUCGCGCGGCGAUCGACUCGAUCGCCGAUCUCUCGCUGCGAGUGUGACAAUCGGCCGGAGAGCGGCGAUGUAACGUCGUCGCGCUGUGACGUCACGCACGUCGGGUCGCGCUAAUCGAGGAGUGCGCGCAUACACACGUAUACAUAUACGUGCGCGCCGAACUCGCACCCUGAGCGAACAGUGCGCGCGCGUUCUCCGUUUGUCGUCGUCGUCGUCGACGUCGCUCGCUCGCUCGCUACGUCUCUAUCUUCUGCAUUCCCUGCCCGCCGCGUGACACACACACAGCCACGCUCGCCCGUUCGUUAUAGGCAAUACGCAGGCAAGCGAGAGAGAAAGAGGAAGGAGAAGAGAGGAGCAGCGCGCUCGCACACGGUGUGUGUGUGUGUGUGUUGCGUGCACGGUGAGACAGAGCGAGACAGGAGGAAGGACAGACUUCGCGCUGCUGGUAGGAUCGCGAGAAUCGUCGGGGCGAGAAGGAGCGGGAGCCAAGCUAGAUAAGGACAGCGAGAGCGUCGGAAGAGAGAGAGAGAGAAGAGAAAAGAAGAGAAAGAUACAGGACACGCACACAUAUAUGCGCUCUCGCCGUGAGCAGCGCGGAGUCGACGGGAGCAAGGGGGAGGGGGCGACGGGGAGCGGCGAGGCGGGCGCGCGGCGGGACGUUACUUGCGUGUACUGUCCAGCAGCAGCGCCCGCCGCUGCGAGGAGGAGGAUGAGAAGAGCGGCGAGGCCGCCGGCCGCGAGACAACGCUACACCAGAUAGACCCUUCUGGAAAGGUUCGCGCGCGCGGCGCGGCGCCUCGUCGUCGUCGUCGUCGUCGUCGCCGCUAUUACCGACGUCGCGCUGGCACGCGGCGUUUCCGACACACGGCGAAGCGGAAUAUAAAAAGGAGAUAAAGCGGACGUACCAAUCGCAUCUCGUGGCGCCCUACUGUGUUUUUCUGCGGAAAGAGCGAGGGUAGAAAGAGGAAGAGGAGGAGAGAGAGAGAGAGUGAGUGAGUGAGUGAGAGAGAAACGUACACGUCGCUGUGUGUUUCUCAGAUAUUUCUCUCGGCAGCUGGCCGCGCGCGGCUCGCGACUGUGUGCGCGCGCGCUCGUUUCCGCCGCCGUCCGGCCCCCGAGCAACAUUUUUCGGAGCGCGGCGCUCCAGAAGACUUCGGUCUUUCUUACGAAAGAAAGGAAGAGGAAAGGAGGGGGCGAGAGAGUGAAAGAGAAGCUACACGGACGGGCAACCUCGACCUCAAACUCGCGACGGCAGCGCGAGGCGAGAAUGGAAUUGUCGUUGUUUCGCGAAUAAGUCGGUCGGUCAGUCAGUCAGUCGGUCCGUCCAUCCGUCCGUCUGUCUCGCCGCGUGUUGUGCGCCGUUCGCGAAAACGCUGCUUCCACGGGUUCCAGUGCCUACGCCGAGUAUCCACAUCGCGCGGACACGUCGCGACGAGCGUUAUAAUGCACGGCGGCGCACCGGAUCGCGCGCGGCGCCGCAAGAAAGCAGCGGCCGGGUUUCUACGUUCCGUUUUUAUUCGCUCGUCGUCGGACGGUCCGCUGCUCCGCUGAGAGUCAAGUUCGUCGCGCUCCGCUGUGCGCGCCGCCACCGCCACCGCCACCGCCACCGCCGCCGCCGCAUCCGUGGCGCGCUCUCGCGCGGCGUUCACCAUCGCGCUUUCGAUUGUGCGUCGCCGCGCCGCAUCUCGUCGCGUUGCGCCGCACCGCACCACACUCCUGGCUUUCUGUCUACCUGCGAAACGAAGACGGGAGAGAGAGAGUGAGAGAGAAAGAGAGUGACGGAGGGAAGCCGUCUGCGGGGACAAGGAUCGAUCCGCUUCAUCGAGGUUGCCUGCUCGACGCAAAAAGCCCUUGAACUUUGUGGACUGCGAGGAAGUUCAGGAGGAUCAACAUCCACGGUGGCGGAACGUGAAACUUGGUCGAUUCGAGCUUUCGUCUGCAGGAAGAGCUUGAAGUAAAAACAACUCCGCGGGCCUCGAAGCGUGAUCUCGAAAAGAUCGAGAGCAAUCCGAGAAAAGGAAGGAAGAAAGGAAGAGUCGGAGGAGGGCCCAGCUUCGGGGAAGAGACACUCCCAUCGCUCGUGCUCACGGGCCCACCCUGACGACGAAACGUGUACGCGUCUACUCGAUAGAGUAGUUUAGAUCACGUAGUUCGUCGAUCACGCUAUCGUUCUCGCUCGAACUUUCAGGGCGACGGCGCUCGAAAUCCUAAAAGUCCUGAUCCGACUUCGUGUGAGGCUCCCUCGCCUCCUGCACCUGCCGAGCGUGUGCAUCACACAUUCAGUGAGGAGGAACGAGAAGCAGGAGACAGGCUGUAUCGAAUGUCGUCGAGUUCGGGAAGACGUCUGAAAACCGUCGACGGAAGAACGAUGCAGCAGCAGCUUCCGACUCAUCAUCGGAUGUCACCGUCGAGCUCCGUCGGCUAAUAUCGACGAUUAAUAUCGCGAGAACGAUAUUCAUUCGCGCGCAACGUACAACUUUGUUUUCUCCCCGCGAGGUACUCGAGGAGAGAUAUAUUUUCGGGACGUCGUGCGCGCGCGCGUGUGUUUGUGUGAGGUAUAUGGACCAAACCGUGGGAAAAGGCGGAUUUGAACGGAUUCGGUUAUCCUUUCCCGUCGGUUUCUUUUUCUUCUGUUUUUUUUUUUUUUCUUUUAUCUGAAUCGCGACCGAGAGAAGCGUGUUGAUUUCUGUGAUACUGGUGUCGCGCGUGGUGGUUAACGACCCUGUUGUCGGCUCAGUGGUGAUAUCGACAGUGUAGUGGUGAGAAGUUCUGUUGGUACGCGAGGGUAGUGCCCACAAGAGAGAAGAGAAACACGGAAGGAAAGAGAGAGAGAAAACAUCUCUCGUGCACGCGUGACUUUCAAUUCAUUACCACGGAUCUCCCUCGGCAAUUCGAUGCCGCCCCCGAUGAGAAGGAGCACAUGUCCAUUGAAGCCACUGAAAAUGCAGAGGAUACUCAGCGUAUUUCGGAGAUGGGGACGUCCCUGAGGUCACAGCGCUCUGCGCGCGAUCGGCAGUCGAGCCUCGAGCGCUAGUGGGGAGAGAGGCGUUUCCUCAGAAAUCGGCCCGAAAUGUGUAGGAACAGUGACUUUACUCGCUACGCCGUUGCGGUGGCAAUAAAGUGCGCGUCGCGGCGCGAUUAACGUCGAGAGCGUCGUGCAAAGCGUCGCUCGAUCAUCGUAUCCGCAAGUGACGCCCGCGCGCGCGCGCGUGGUCGUACUUAACCUUGUUCUCGCGAGUGAGUGUUGUGCCAGUGCUACGAUAAACGAACGACUACGGAGACACGAAAAAGAGAGAUUGAAAGGAGGAAUAGCUCGAGGAGGCGUCGGGCCACGGCGGUGCAAUUGUGGGAUUAACGUAGCUGUAUUAUGCAACUCCGUCGCUGCGCAUUGUAUCAACCUGGCCCGUGUGAAUUGCAAGACCCGUUGUGGGUCAAAAUGAGUGCGAUUACUGGCGGCAUUACCAAGAAAAGAAAGAAAUCAGAUGCGAAGCCUCAAUCGCAGGUUAAUAAGUGCCUUAAUGAAAAAAGACGACGGACCCAUGAGAACUUGUAUGUCGAUGAUCUUACCGAGCUGAUUUCCUCCACGGACAUGAGCUCUGGCAAGACUGACAAAUGCCAGAUCCUUCAGACAACCAUCGAGCAGGUCUCGGACCCCUUUGUUAAGCUAAAGCCAUGCUCUCAUGCUCAUCUAUUGAAUAAACGGACGAAGCAGCAGUUGCAUAACCAGGAUAUUCAUUCAAAAUUUGUAAAUCGAUUCUGUGAACAUUCUAGGAUUAUCCAGGAAUUUUUAUCAAAAUUUCAGAUUCGGCACUUUAGGCAACAAGACGCUUCCAAUAGUCAUGACGUGCAACAGGGAGAAGUGUCCUCGUCAAAUUCCAACGAUAAAGAUGGUCCUACGUUACUUGAGACGCUAGACGGGUUUCUAUUCAUUGUAAAUACGGAGGGCUGCGUGGAGUACGUUACGGAUAACAUUACGCAGUUCAUAAACUACACGAAGGACGAUGUACUCGGAAAGGAUAUUUACAAUAUUAUUCAUCAUGGAGAUCACAACACCUUCAUGCCUAGUUUAUUACCCAUGUCGUCUUUAGGCUGGACCAGCGAGCCACAGCCUCAGACUAGGAAUCGCACCUUUAAUUGCCGCUUCUUGGUGAAGCCUCCUGAUGAUAAGGACGAGACUAUGGAAGAGAAGCAACAGCGAGUAUCGAAGUACGAGUCUAUGCAAAUCUAUUCUCUUCUUCUGCCCAGUAACCCCGAUCAAAGCGGUGAUGUGUCCUCUGAAUCGUCAGACAAUGGUCCUUGCGUGAUGUGCGUAGCACGUAAAAUAUCGUCGGACGAGAAGCCCAUUGCUAGUCCCAUCGAGCAGUUCACCGUCAGAUUGGAUACCACUUGGAAGAUUACCGCGGUCGACAUAAGUUGGUUAUCACCCGGUCACUCCAAGUAUCUAAGCAAGGACCAGCUGAUCGGCACAAUAUUUAAGAAUUUGUGCCACCCUGAUGAUCUCAGUACGCUUAUGAAGCAUUUCAGCGAUACGAUCCAAGCCGGAGAAAAUACGAGUGAUGUAUACCGACUGUGUAUUAGUCGCAGUCCUGAUAAGUUCGUUAAGGUUCAAACAAAGUCAAAAUUUUUCAAAGCGAAUAAGCCAGAGAGUGACUUCAUGAUGGCAACUAAUUCCAUCAUAGGGGACAAUGACUUAAUGUCUAUCGAGGGUGGUCAGCUUUCCAACAACAAAGUGUGCUCAGGACACUCUAGCAACCGUUGUGCGAAUAAUAGUAAUAAUAAUAACGGUAACAAUAACAAUAACGUGGGUGGCCCGCUGAUGUCUGUCACGCAUCUGAACGGUCAAGUGAGUGGUAUCAGUGCUCGCGGUAUGGCGGUGACGGCCGCCACCUCAUCGAACUCGAUCGCCUUUAACACGGGGAGUGCCGGUGGCGGUGGCGGUGACUCGUGCAACCCUCUGACAUCGUUGAGCACGUCAACCGGCAAUCCGUUCAAUCAUUUUUCGAGCAACAUGGACCUGGAAUUCGAGCUCUUCCCCAGUUCCACGGUAUGGGACUUGGAUAGUAGCGCCGGGUGGACGGAUAGGCCGGAGUCGAGAGCGAGCGGGCCACCAAACUCACGACCACCUUCCCAGCCAUCCCCGACAUCACCGAGUCCACAGGGAACCUUCUCUAAUUCGACAUUAAUGCCUAUGGGCCCAAGUCUUAGCCCCAGCGUCGCUCCUACCUUCAGUAAUUCGUUCCCCUUCAGUCCCCUUCAGGAGACCACGCAGACGGCUACGUUGAGCAAUGCCGCUAGUAGCGUCAACACUAAUGGCAGCAGCAAUGCCGGCAGUAGCGGUCUUAGCAGCAGUGUUGGUGGCGUCGGCAGUAAUACCGUCCCGGCAGCUAUCAAAAGGACGGAAGACAGCAACAAGAGCGGAUGUCCUACUAGCAACAGUGGUGGCGGUGCUUCUACAAUGGACAGUGCAACCUCCAGGACCAGCAACGCCGUUACCACCGCCGUUGAGACUCAGAAUAGUGUUGUGUCCACCGAGUCCGGUAGGCUCAGAAACUUAUUAACGAAGGGCCCGAGUGCUAGUGAAGAUAGCCAGGACAAUACGAAUAACGAUUCGGAUAAUCAGAAACAUCGGAUAUUGAAGAUCCUGUUAAACCAACAGGACGAAGACGACUAUCAUUCGGAGCAUAAAGUGCGUACGAGCCCUAGCAACAUGCCAAAACCAAGCAUGGAGCACUCGAAAUCGUCGCUAGGAAAUAACAACAUGUUAUUGCAGUUAUUAAACGACAAAACUGAUGACGACGACGAAGAGACACGUGCCGGGUUGAAGAAAAGAAAUGAACUUUUGCAACAACUGAUGAAAGAUCAGGACGAGGAGAGAAAGUUACAGGAACAACAGAAUCGAGAGAACGAUCCUCUUUUGCGGAGUCUUGGAUUCAAUCCCGUCUCCACGUCUCCAUCUCCGUCGCAGUCAGGUGAGCACAUCGGUCUCGGGAAUACGACGCAGGUAGGUCAAAAGAGGCCAGGAGAAGACGGCGAUUUGAACAUAGCUGUGAAACGACCUGUGGACGGCUCGCAUCAGGUGUCUUCUUCGGGGACGAGUUCAUCGAGUAGUGCGACGAGUAAAUUGUGGGAGAAGAAUAAAAUGUUGGCGUCCUUAUUAGCGAAACAGCCGCCGCAGCCAACGCCUAUUACGCCGAUUCCUGCGUCUGUGAUAUCAGCAACGCCACAGGACAAGCUGCCUCGCUUAAAACAGCAACAGCAGCAGCAACAGCAGCAGCAGCAGCAGCAACAGCAGCAGCAGCAGCAACAACAACAGCAGCCGCAACAACCACAACAGCAGCAGCAGCCUUGGACCGGUGGCAAUAUGCAAAUUGCUGGUAAUAACGCGAUCACGACGACCGCAACGUCGACGCGUCCUCUCCAAAGCCAGUCGAGACAACUACCUCGAGCAACCAAUACCUACCUCACUCACGUGCUAAGUCAGCAACAGGCCCCAAUGGGACCAAUUGAAUCCAAGUUUGCGAGUGGAGAAUACCGUCAGACUGAUAACGACCCAGCUAACUGGGAUAAUCAGUCAUCAGAUCCGGAUCUCUCGGAAAUUCUGGAUCAAGUUAUCGAAAUUAUGCCAGGCGAAGCUAUUACAAGAACAAUUAAUUGUUUGCGGGGAACAAUAAUGCAGUCAGUCGUAUGUGGCAGCGAAAGAACUCUAGAUGUUAUCGAAGUGCCGGAUAACGAGUCAUUGCAAAUUCACGCUAUUCAGCAGAUGUUGAUGGGUUGUGAGAGUGGUCUGAUUUCGACGUCUUCCAGCAUAACUAUGUCUGGCACGCCUCCAGCCUAUUCCACCGCGUUGGGAACCGCGCCUGUGACGACUGCCAGUCACAGUUACCAGCCACCUCCCAUGUACCAACAGCCCAGGAUGAGGUUCAAUGCUCAGCCAGGCAUUAGACAGACCGGCCAGUUUGCGCAGUUGCAAUUGCAACAGCAGCAACGUUCUAAACUUAUACAUCAGCAACAACAGCAGCAACAACAGCAGCAGAAGCAACGCUUGCUACAACAGCAACAGCAACAGCAACUGCUUAUCCCAUCGAAUGCUACUGCGACAGAUCAAAUUACCAGUGGCAUUCAUAACAUCGACAACCUUUUGAACAAUACUGUUGCGCCGCCGAAUGUGUCGUUGCAGAUACAAAAUAAUGCUACAAAUGUUGCAUUUUCCCUUAUUCAGCGAUCGAGUGUCCCAGAUUCUCAAGUUUCUCCAGGUUAUGGGGCAUCCGUCCAGAUGGCUUCUGGUCAUCGAGUCACUCACUCGUAUUCCCACCCAUCAACGAUACCACAGCAUCAUAUUGUGAAUAACAAUUUCAACAGUGGUCAACAAGUGUCAGCCGCGGCAAGACUUUCGCCACAUUCUCCGGCCGGUAUACUGUCGUUUCCUCACCCACAACCAUUGUCACCACGAGUGGCACAAGGCAAUUACGGCAACACACCGAGAUUAUUCAACGUGAACCAGGUGAGAUCGCAGCAGCAGGUCACGGCGCAACAACAGUUACAACAGCAGCAACAACGAUCGAUGCCCUCGCCGGGGACGGCAGCCUCCGCCCGGCAAUCCCCGUUUCCUGCCGAAGCGUUUCCUCCACCGACAUCGCCCACGGCCAGUCAGUUCCCACCGGGUCCUAAUACUGGUGCACCAAAUCCGUCGGCCCAGUAUAGGUUGCAACGGACUACGUCUACGCCUUCUGCUACGACUCAGUUGCCAGGUGGGAUUGGCUCGCCUCGGCACUACGGCGGCGUGAGUAAGGAACAACCUCUUCCUUCACCUAGUCAUUCACACUCGGCAACACCUACCCAUAAUCAACACAACGCUACCAAUACACAACACUUUACGAGUCAACAACAUACCCCUAUGCUAUACCAACACACGAACGCCAACACUAUCAACACGGCAGACAUGCAGAACAGUCAGUACUGUUACGAUCGGUCGUCAGUACCACUCUAUUCAUCUGGCGGGGAGGCGCAAGAUGCCAGGUCACUGCCUUCCGGUAACCCUGUGAAUCACCAAAUGGGUGGUAAUGCCAGCACCUCGGAAUUUGUGCGGCAAGAAUUGAGGGCGAUUGUCGGGGCGCGAACGCAACAGCAGCAGCAGCAACAACAGCAACAGCGAGUGCCUAACAAUCUACAGAAUAAUCUUUCUGGUCAAGUUUCUCAGGACGAUUUUGAAGCACUUGGUCUGUCAUUCGAGAUGGCUUCUGCAGGUGAGGCUGUGGUUAGCGAUGGCCCCGCCAAGAUCUGGGGGAGCGCCGGAAGUGCCCCCUCGUCCUCCAGGAUUUCUAUAGAGGAGGCACGAGGUGAUCCGACGAAGUCAUCGUUGCUGCAGAAGCUACUGCAGUCCGAGUGACUGCAGGCCACCAUCCCGUCAUGCAGUAAAGAGUUAUAUGUAAUAUAUUUUUGAGUGUGCGGAACGGAGAUAUAUAGGACGUAAAAACGCGAAAGAGAGUGAGAGCGUGAAAGAGAGAGAAAAUGCGUGAGAAAGAGAGAGAGAGAAAGAAAGAGAGUUAUAAAAUGCAUAUACACUUAUACGUAAUGGAUACUAUUGUAUUAUAUGUAACGUCACACACGGAGUCAGUAUUCAUAUACGUAUCACCAAAUACAAUGCAAAACUAGUGCGUGGUGCUCUCUAGAAUGUUGCCCGUCGAUCAGUCAGAAGAAAGAGUAACGAGCGAGAGCGCGAGAGAGAAAGAUAGAGAAGGAGAAUGAGAGAAAGAAAAAGUCGCAGAAAAAAAGGGGAAACGGCGGGACCUUAUCCCUUUCCUUUUGCUUUUCGAACUCGAAGGACCAAAAGUUUCCGUUUCUGUUUGGCUGUGUCGAAACUUCCUGGCUGAGUUACGCCAGAAGUAUCAAAGUCGCGACGUAUUGCGACACGGAGAGAAUCGAUUUGCGGCGUUCGUUCCCGUCGCUUUUAUAUUUUACAUUAUUUUUGUUUGUUUGGUUUGUUGAGGAAAGUCUUUCUCUUGUCGAGCUCUCGUCUCGGGCUUCGGAUCACCUGAAGAUAUAUAUCGUAUACCGUGGAUAAUACUGUGACGAUCGCAGGCAUGCGAUGAACCCACAUCCGCAUUUUACCUGUCGAUACGUGUGUAUGCGUGCGUGUAUGUGUUAAUGCCUGCGCGUGUGCGUGUAUCGCGUUCUCCGUCAGUAUUGUAUUUGGUAUAUCACAAGAGCGGGGAAAAAAGGAGAGGAAACUAUAUAUAGGUACCUCAAAAAAGGUAUACUUUACUAUACCACUGGCUGUUGAAGAUAGAUUAUAGGAUUUAAUUAUUCUAUACACAGAAAGAAAAAAAGAAAGAAAUAGAGCACUCUAUUCACGUAUUCUCCUUAAUUUAACAUCCUUUUUCGACUAUUACAUUUAUGGAUAAUAUAUUUGUGAUUGUAAGAAUCUGCAACCAAAAUGUGACAAAGAAUACUUGUUGUUGUUAAUAUGAUUAUAACUAUUAUUAUAUUGUAAUAACUAUUAAUUAUUUUAUUUUAUUUUAUUAUUAUAUUAUUAUUAUUAUUAUUAUUAUCGACAUUAUUAUUAUCACUAUUACCAAUAUUCUUGUUGCAAUUGCUAUAUUAUUAUAAUAAUAAUAAGAGUAAUUAUAUUAUUUUAUUAUUAUAUAUAUAUCAAUAUUGAUAUUAUUGAACACUUGAAAUAUGCAUAUUUCUAUUCAAUAGUAAGAGUACCUUUAUAUAAAUAUAAAUAUGAAUAUAAAUAUAAAUAUAUUGUAUAAAUGUAUAUGUAUAUAUAUGUAUAGUGGGUUUAUGUACGCGUUAUAUAUAAAUAAUAGAUGCGGACAUUAUUUAUGUAUAAUCGAUAUAUAAAUUGACGUAUAUUUAUAUAUCUAUACAUGCGAGAUGGAGAAAGAAAAAAAAGGAAAUCGAUCUUCUAUUUUGCAUAGCUCGGUAAUGAUUCUCUUUUGGGUCUUAGAUGCACACUAAAUUACUUCUAAAUGAACAUCUGUUGUUAUAUAAAUGAAGAAAAGAGGAAAUCUAAUUACACCUACACGUGUAUAUGCACACGAUGCUAUGCGCGCGCGCGUGUGUGUGUGUAUACGCGUGUAACACAUACAUAUGAAAGAAAUCUCACGCAAGUGUCUUAUUUUUCCAGGAAGUUCACCACUUAUUAAAAAGUUGGAAGAAAUUGCUACUAGAGGUUUUUGGAUGAUGUAUGACGAUAAAUCGAGGAUGAGAUUGUCGGGGAUAGUAUACACGAAUAAGAACAUACGUCACGAAUUUUCUUCCGCGACGACAAAAUAUAAAUUGUUUUAACUGCGCGAGUAAUGAAUUACGGGGUACAACCCGUCUCUCUUUUUCAUUUCGUUUCGACCGUGAUUUGCAAAUGUGAUUACGACGGACGCGUACGUGGCAAUUCUAGUUUUUAUUUGGCGUGUAUUAUAUUUAUAUUGUUAUGCGUCCGUCUUAUGUUUUUUUUUUAAUUUUGAAAGUUUUUCAUCGAAGGGAAAAGGGAUUCGCGUUUUUCGAAUUUAUUUAAUGGAAAUUUAGCUUGUAUCAUGUCGUUUGAUAUUUGAGUCGUUGAGAUAUACAUAAUGAAAAAUUAAAGAAAUUAAAUUUUUAUUUGUUGCGUAUGUCUAGUAAAAAAAAAACGAUUAGGUACGUGAUACGAUUUUGGACGUGUACAGUUGUUACUUUUCAUUUUUUUAAAUAUUUUAUACUGCAUGAAAUUCGAGGCGCAAGGAAACGACGAUGAUGAUAUUGAUGAUGAUGAGGAUAAUGAUGAUAGCGAUGAUGUUGAUACUGUGAUGACAUUAGUACUUGGCCUGCUCGUCCCUUGUUGCUUUUUCUUCCAAUCGAAAGCAGUUACAAAGUUGUAAUCUCCGUAAAAAUAAAAGAAAAGAACACAAUCGUGAGGUACUCUGAAUAUGUACACGUACAUACAUAGGCAUGUACUCGCCCGUGAAUGCGGAUACGUAUAUUACGCGUAUGAGAGAAAGAUAGUGAGAAAAAGGGAGUGAGAGAAAGAACAAGAGCGUGAGAGAGAGAGAGAGAGAGAGAGAGAGAGAAAGAAAGAGACCGAAAAGAAAAAUGAGAUUAGCGUAUGUACAUGUUUGUGUAUGUCCGCGCGUGUGCGUGCUUAUGCUAGGGUGCAAGAUGAAAAACAUAGUGGUGUUUCAGGCGUUGCGGUGUGUAUGCGUGAGUGCGUGUGGAGAAGCGUGCGUUGUUCGUAGGCACGCUCGUACGCGGGUGUGCGUAGCAAAUUACGUCAUAGAUAGAUCAUAUGUGCUUUCUAAUGAUGAAUAAUUUUAUAAAUAUAAAUAUAAUAUCGAUCUCUCACCGUGUACGUUCAUUUCGUACGACGAGCUUGUAUGUGAACUUCGCGUGUCCUAAAAAAGGCCCGUUCGCCUUUUAUUAAACUGUCAAAUGAUU